AUGCUUGUGAGAAGAUCACAGGCUAAGUUUGAAUGUGUGGCAUUUGAAAUCCCCUUGAGCCGUUCAAGUGGAGAUGUCAAGUGGGCAUUAGACCUACAGGAAGAGGACCACCCACCUAAAUGGUCUCCAGAUAAGGCCCACCUUGUGAAAGGUAGAGUGGGUGGCAAGCAACAAGGGGUAAUCUGGAAGGUCCUCCCUCCUAACAUCCUGGCCCCAUUCAAAGCCAAGUUUGCUCACUCUUUGCUGGGGAGCAUCACCUUUCGCGUUGAACCACCCAUAAAUUAUUGUAGGACUUCACCCAGCCAUUGCUGGGUUUUCCCCACAGUAAUCCUCUGCUUCUUUGGAUUUUUCUCAAUGAUGAAACCAUCAGAGCCAUUUAUCGCACCUUAUCUAACAGGACCAGAUAAAAAUAUAAGUCUCAGUGUGCUCACAAACGACACCUUUCCAGUGUGGACAUACUCUUACCUGGUGCUGCUGCUCCCCGUCUUUAUCCUCACCGACUAUGUCUGCUACGAGCCAGUCAUCGUCUUAGAAGCGAUCAGCUUCAUCAUUACCUCGCUGCUGCUCCUGUUUGGCCAAGGAGUGAGAACCACGCAGGUUGUGGAAUUCUUCUACGGUUUGGCCUUCGUCACCGAGGUGGCCUACUCCGCCUACUUAUACAGCGUGGUCAGCCCCGAGCACUAUUAAGAAGUAAGCGGCUACUGCAGGGGCAUCACGCUGGUGGCCCGCACGAUGGCCUCAGUGCUGGCCCAGCUCUUGGUGUCGCUGGCCAAAAUAUCGUACUUUUACCUCAAUGUCAUAUCCCUGGUCUCUGUCUCCAUGGCCUUCCUUUUCUCACUUUGUCUACCGAUGCCCAAGAAAAGCAUGUUUUUUCACGCAAAACCCAGCAAAGAAGUACAGAAGCCAUCGAGCACGGAAGCAGUGAUAGAGGAACCUCAUGAGGGCAGAACAUCAGGCUGUGACGAGGAGAAGCCCACUUCAGAGACACUCACCACUUUGGGGAAGCUGGAUGAUGGCCAGUGGAGUGGCCCGAAGCCAGAAAAUGUGGCUUUGAGAGUUUUCAUGCAGUGGUUCCAAGACCUGAAAGAGUGCUACUCCUCAAAGCGUCUUUUUUACUGGUCCCUGUGGUGGGCUCUUUCCACAGCAGGUUAUAACCAGGUUUUGAGCAAUGUUCAAACCCUGUGGGAAUACAAGGCACCAUCCCAGAGUUCCCCAAUAGACAACGGAGCAGUAGAAGCCCUUGCGACGUUUGGGGGCGCUCUGGCAGCGUUCACCGUGGUCCACGUGAAAGUCAACUGGGACCUUCUGGGGUAGCUGGCCCUGGGCAUCUUCUCGGUGGCCGAUGCAGGUUCCCUAUUUAUCAUGCAUUUCACAACUAAUAUUUGGGUGUGCUAUGCCGGUCUUUUGACAGUCAAGUCAAGUUACAUGCUUCUCAUAACCAUAGCAGUAUUUCAGAUUGCCAUUGAUCUCAGCGUGGAACGCUAUGCCCUGGUGUUCGGAAUCAACACUUUCGUUGCUUCGGUGAUCCAGACUGUCAUGAUGGUGACUGUGGUUGACAAACGAGGCCUGGGACUUCCGGUCGACAUUCUGUUUUUAGUUUAUGGAAGUUACUUUUCUGUCAUUGCUGAAAUUUUCCUAAUGAGAAGCAUUUACAUAAUCUAUUCAGCCCGAUGCAGAAAGAAAAAACGUAGUUUUUCUGGUGAUAAUCUAAGUGAGUUGGAGGACUCAAUUCCUGAUCCAAGCUUGGUUCACAAUAUUAGCCUGAUUUCUCUAACCACAGACUCAGAAGAUGGACAACCUUAA